CGCGUUGACCGCCGUGACCAAACCAAGCCAAACCAAACCACUAGUUAGGAACCCUAAUCGAUGACCACCAUCCGGAAGGGACGAGGGAUCGCGUUUUCCCCCCAGCCUCAUCCGAUGCCAACUUUCGUUCCGAGUAGGGAUCUAAGACACGAAGUUGGGAAACUCUCCACCCUGCAAAGUGGAAGAAAGCGGAAAGGAGGAGGUUUCCUUUGGGCUGUGUGUCGUCGUAGUCCCCCGAGAUCCAACCCGGUCUCUCUUUGGUUAUCUAUCUAGCUCUCUGAUCCCUCCUCCUGGGAGGCGCCGGCGAUGGCGGCGGAGACAUCCAGAUCGGGGCCGUCGGCGGACUCCUACAUCGGGAGCUUGAUAAGCUUGACCUCCAAGAGCGAGAUUAGAUACGAGGGCAUCCUCUACAGCAUCAAUACCGAGGAAUCCAACAUAGGCUUGAGCAACGUACGCUCAUUUGGAACUGAAGGUCGGAAGAAGGAUGGACCACAAAUUCCUGCUGGUGAAAAAAUUUACGAAUACAUACUCUUCCGAGGAAGUGACAUCAAGGACUUGCAAGUGAAGUCCUCUCUGCCAGCACAGUCAACACCCAUAAACAAUGAUCCUGCUAUAAUUCGGUCACAUUAUGCUGGUCCGACAUCUACGUCUACAAGCGUGCCUUCAGCUGGUAGUGGAAGUGCAGCAGAUAUUAGUUCCCAUGCAGCUCAGUUAGGACUCCCAAGGUCAACACUUCAUGGAAAUUUGCCUCUUUAUCAGCCUGGGGGAGGUGUGGGUACUUGGGGUCCCUCACCCAUGCCUCCCACUGCAAAUGGGUCUGGGCUUGUGAUGCCACCCAUGUAUUGGCAAGGAUAUUAUGCCCCAUCUAGCGGGCUUCCUCAUUUGCAACAACCAUCAGUACUCCAGCCUCCUCCAGGACUGCCUAUUCCUCACGCCAUGCAGCACCCCUUUCAAUAUCCUGGAAUAAAUCCAUCUUUACCAUCUGGAUCCCCAACUUUGUCGGAGCUUCCUCCUAUGUAUCCACAUACUAGUGCUAACCCAACUCUAACCUCUAGUCCAUUGCCAUCAAUGUUGGGUCCAUCUUCAAUGAACAUGUUAUCUGUGGAAGCAUCAUCAACUCUGUUUCCUGAUAAAUCUCCUGCUCCAUCAUCUAUCAGUCUUAGUGUGCCUUUGGUGCCUCCCUUGACUUUUAAUCUUGAGAAAACUGUGGCCACACCUCAGAGUACUCCUGUUGUCGGUAGCAAGCCUAGUACAGUUCCUGGUUCAACAUUGGCAUAUGGAUUUGUUUCAGAACCAGUACCCGCUGUUGUUUCAUCUAGUUCAAGCCAAGUAGAAAAACCAGUAGCCAUAGAGACGCAAAAUCAUUCACUGCAGACUGGCCACCCGUUGCUUCCUUCCUCCCAGCCCAUGCAGACAAGCCAUACAGAUGCUGAUGCUAAAGCGCUUGAAGAUAUGUCCAAGGCAUUCCCUGAACCAUCAUCUAAUGUGACAGCUGAAGCCAACGAGCCGAUAUUGCCAUUGCCAAAAUCAACUGUGCAUAAGCCAAAUGGAACUGCUUCACACCAUUAUUAUAAUAGGGGUCGUGGAAGAGGAAGAGGAAAUGAGUACUCGCGCCGUGUGACGAAGUUCACUGAAGACUUUGAUUUUAUGGCAAUGAAUGAAAAAUUCAACAAAGAUGAAGUCUGGGGUCAUCUUGGCAAAAAUAAAGCCCAUUUAGGGGACAAUGAUGGAGAACUACAAGAAAAUGAAAUUGAUAAUGAUGUGGAAGAAGAUGAAGCUCCAAAGCUUGAGAUCAAGCCUGGUUAUGUUAAGGAUGAUUUCUUCGAUUCACUUUCCUGCACCACCCUUGAUCGGGGAACUCGGGGUGGGAGGACCAGAUUUUCAGAGCAGUUGAAGAUAGACACUGAGACCUUUGGUGAUUUUACAAGGCAUCGACCAGGCCGAGGGGGUGGGCAUGGCCUUCGAGGGGGUGGGCGUGCUCGAGGGUCUUACCGUGGAAGGGGAUAUGGAUACACUGGUAGGGGCCGUGGUUAUGGUCAGCCACAUCAUGCCUCUUGAGGAGCAAAAUUUUCAUACUAAGCUGAAGUGGUCAUCAUGCAUUGAGCUAUGCUCGGAAUGUAAUUGUAGUUGGAGUUUUGCUUUGAUGCAUCACUAUCUGACUAUUGUUGCUCUGAAAGCAAGCAGUAAGCAGCCACGAGACGUGAGGGGCUUUUCAUUUCUGAUACUGAGCAAAGCAUGGUUGAUCUGGUCCCGAUGCAUCAUUUGUUGUAACAGUUGUAACCAUCUUCCUGCAAAGUUUGUCUUCAGUUUGCUGGAAAUGCUUUAGGUUUUCAGCAUUGGUCCAUUUCUUUUUGUGUUAGAAAGAGUGGGUGCUAACUGAGAGCUUGAUGUUAGUCAUAGACUAACUCGGUGCUUCUUGGCAAAUUGGCAGGAGGUUGUUUUUUGGUUUUUUUGUUUUGUCUCCUUUUGUUUUUGUUGUAUAUGCUGCUCAUAUGUUAAUAGGUUUUCGUUUUUGUUGUAUGCUGCCCGUAUGAUUGGCAGAUUGACAUAUGACAUCUACUUACCUAAUGGUAGAUGUCAAGGGAACGAGGUGACGAUGUUGUAGUAUAUCGUUGAAUUAUACAUAGUGCAUGGCUCUUGGUUUA